UGUGUGCGGUGUGAAGAGUCUACUCUCCUAAAAAGCUUUCAAGAAGGAAAAGAGAGGCUGCCACUGCUGCUGUGCCAUCCAACACCUUUUACAUUUGAGCGGGCUAUUUUUCAUUCACUUUUACAGUAUUAACCCAAUACAGCAUGGAGCAUACCGCUUCUAGAACCAGAUUUUCACAAAUCUCAACCAACAAAUAAGGAAGUAACUGGAAACAGUGAUUUGGGAUAUUUUUUAAAAUUAUUUCUCGAAAAGGGCACACAUUAUUUGAAGAAAAUGAGCAACAUAUACGAGUCAGCGGCGAACACGCUUGGAAUUUUUAACAGCCCUUGCCUGACCAAAGUUGAACUGCGAGUGGCAUGCAAAGGGAUAUCAGACCGGGAUGCACUUUCCAAACCGGACCCCUGUGUGAUCCUUCAAAUGCAGUCUCAUGGCCAAUGGCUAGAGGUUGACAGAACAGAGAUUAUCCGAAGCAGUAUAAACCCAGUCUUCUCCAAAGUGUUCACCGUAGACUUUUACUUUGAAGAAGUUCAACGGCUGCGGUAUGAGGUUUAUGACAUCAGCAGCAACCACAACGGACUGAAAGAUGCAGAUUUCCUUGGUGGAAUGGAAUGCACGCUUGGCCAAAUUAUAUCCCAGAGAAAACUCUCCAAGUCAUUACUGAAACAUGGGAACACAGCAGGGAAAUCCUCAAUAACCGUGAUUGCAGAAGAGCUAUCGGGGAAUGAUGACUAUGUCGAGCUUUCAUUUAGUGCAAGGAAAUUGGAUGACAAGGACUUUUUCAGCAAGUCUGAUCCUUUCUUGGAAAUAUUCAGAGUCAACGAUGACGCCACCCAGCAGCUUGUGCACAGAACUGAGACUGUCAUGAACAAUCUAAACCCAGUAUGGAAAACCUUCAAAGUCUCAUUGAAUUCUCUGUGUAGUGGAGAUCAUGACCGCAAACUAAAGUGCAUUGUUUGGGACUGGGACUCUAAUGGCAAACAUGAUUUCAUUGGAGAAUACCAUUCGACAUUCAAAGAAAUGCGAGGGGCCAUGGAGGGAAGACAGGUGCAGUGGGAAUGUAUAAAUCAAAAAUACAAAGUCAAGAAAAAGAAUUACAAAAACUCAGGAAUUGUAAUUCUAAACCAGUGCAAGAUCCACAAGAUGCAUUCAUUCCUAGAUUACAUUAUGGGUGGAUGCCAGAUCCAGUUUACAGUAGCUAUAGAUUUUACAGCUUCAAAUGGAGACCCACGCAACAGCUGCUCGUUGCACUACAUCCAUCCCUACCAGCCUAAUGAGUAUUUAAAAGCAUUGGUUGCUGUGGGGGAGAUUUGCCAAGAUUACGACAGUGACAAAAUGUUUCCUGCCUUUGGUUUCGGAGGAAGAAUUCCACCUGAUUUCAAGGUCUCCCAUGAUUUUGCAAUAAACUUUAAUGAAGACAACCCAGAGUGUGCAGGUAUACAGGGGGUUGUAGAAGCUUAUCAAAACUGCCUUCCAAAGAUUCAACUAUAUGGACCAACAAAUAUUGCCCCGAUUAUUCAAAAGGUGGCCAGUUCUGCAUCAGAAGAGAUGCACACCAAGGAAGCAAUGCAAUACUUCAUCCUGUUGAUUCUGACGGAUGGAGUGAUCACCGACAUGGCUGACACCAGAGAAGCGAUAGUUCACGCUUCUCACCUCCCCAUGUCUGUGAUCAUCGUCGGGGUUGGCAACGCAGACUUCAGCGACAUGCAGAUGCUCGACGGGGAUGAUGGCAUUCUCAGGUCUCCCAAGGGGGAGCCUGUUCUACGAGACAUUGUGCAGUUUGUGCCAUUUAGGAACUUCAAACAUGCAUCUCCUGCUGCACUGGCAAAAAGUGUUUUAGCAGAGGUUCCAAACCAAGUGGUGGACUAUUACAAUGGGAAAGGAAUCAAACCAAAAUGUCUGUCUGAUUUUGAGUCUUCCAGGAGACUCGCACCCUAACACCUCAGCACACUUUUACAUAGCUCAGAGAAUAAAAAUAGCAUGUUUUGGUAAUUUUUAACUAAACAUUUUGUUUUGCAUGUGUAGCCUCAAGGCUUGCAUCUGUUAAGCAGUUGUAUUGUUGAAAACAUUUUUACAGGGGGGAAAAAACUGACUUCUUGCAUAAGAGCAUGUCGCCUUGAAAAUAAUUAAAAUACAAGUUAUCUGUAUCAGUUUUUAUACAGGUUUGUUGAGAUUUUGCUAAAUUUCUUAAUAUUCUUACUGUAAAGCAUUUUGGAUGAAUUAUUGAAAGUUGAUAGCAAUCUGUAUUAGUACCAUCUGCUCCAAAUGAAUGUUUGUUUGUUUGUUUGUUUGUUUGUUUUUCAGAAAAAAAGCAGAUGCAUGGACUGUAUUUUGCAUGUCUAAAAUAAAAAGACACUGUUUUUAGUUCAUUGUCCUUUUUUGUGUUGAUGUAGAAGAUGCUUCCAAUAAGCAGCUGGAUAAUGAGCAAUGUAUAGUAAAUAUGUCAUAUGAAUUAAUUACACAUACACUGUUGCAGCUUAGAGUGUGGAGUAGAGAAGAAUCCUAUUGCUAAAAUGAUGUACCGUUAUUUGCACCCAUGUUACUACCAAUAAAUGAUCAAUGCAACUGUAGCCUGGCUGAACUCUGAAUACGUAAAUGAUUU